UGCUUAAUCAUAUAAAUUCAAAUUAAUACAUGAAAGCCACGGCAACGUGAGGCCAAAUCUCGGAGAGAGGGUUAUAAAGGGGAAGGUGAAGGUGGUGAGCGGAGACCUUCUCGUCAUCACUUUCUCUUUCUCUCGGUUAGGUAGUUCUAGUGUAAGAGAAGGAGGAGGCAGAGGAGGAGGAGGAGGAGGGGGGUGAGAGAAACCGAUGGGGAGGCAGCCAUGCUGUGACAAGGUGGGGCUGAAGAAGGGGCCAUGGACAACAGAGGAGGACAAGAGGCUGAUCAACUUCAUGCUCACCAAUGGCCAAUGCUGUUGGAGGGUUGUUCCUAAGCUUGCAGGUCCUCCCUCUGCUCCAUUCAUUUGAUUUAACGUCAGUGAUCGCUAACACAGUGAGCAAGAUGGACUGCGUUCAUGCUUAUUUUCUGUCUUCCUUUGUUGUAGGACUUCUGAGGUGUGGAAAGAGUUGCAGACUAAGGUGGACGAACUACCUCCGGCCUGACCUGAAGAGGGGAAUGCUGUCGGAAGAGGAGGAGAAGAUGGUCAUUGAGCUCCAUUCUCAGCUGGGAAACAGAUGGUCUAGGAUCGCAUCCCAUCUCCGUGGUAGAACUGAUAACGAGAUCAAGAACCACUGGAACACCCACAUCAAGAAGAAACUGAGGAAGAUGGGGAUCGACCCCUUGCUUCACAAGCCCCUCAUUCCUUCAGCAAGUGGUGUUCCCCAUCAGGAGCAGCAACAAGCGGGUGCUUUGGCUGAGAGGAUGGAAGAACAGGAGAAGCCCUGCUCAGGAAGCUCUUCUGAGAAGGCUGCAGAAGGGCAAGUUGAGGAGAACAUACCAAGCACGGCUUCUGAAGCAUUCCUGAGCAAGUCUCCAGGAUUUUGCACCGACGAGGUGCCCAUGAUUCUCCCCCAUGACAUAUUAGCCUCAUGUGCUUCCACUCCCACGGCCUCGUCUUCCAUUUCGACAUCAUCAACGUGCUCUUCUUCCAGCUCCUCAUCGAAGGCAGCGGAGAUCCAACUUCCAUGCACGGAGUGGCCAGAAUCAACGUAUCUCUGGGGUUUGGAUGACUUGAAUGGAUGGGACUUCAUCUUCGAUCGGAGGGAUGAAGAAUUAGGCCUCGAUCCUUUCAGCCAGUGGCAAAGAACCGCUUUUGAUCAUGAAUCCUGAACUCUGAGCUGUUCUAAUCUCAUUCUCCUUCUGUAAUUUCUAAUUGCCGAUAGAACAAAGCAGAAUGAUGACAAAUGUUUACUCCAUCUUUAUUCGAUCAA